AAUAUUUGCCCGUUCUACUGCCCAUGAAAGGUCUUGUGGAAAUAUCAAUUCAGAUGAACACGAGAAAUAAAUUGAUAACAUGUAAGCGUCGAUGCUGAGCUCGUGUUUCUACAGAAUUGCUAACUUAAGUGUAAAUUACUAGAUACUUGUGGAAAUUAAUAAUAUUGACUUCGAACCCACCGAGUGGAGGCAGUAAAGUUAAAUUAAUGGCUCUUAAGAUGGAUUUUCCCCUGCUGUUAAUUUUUCAUUUUGUAAUUGCUACAAAUACUCUGAAGUCCCUCAGUUCUUUCGGCAAAGAGUCCCAGCUAACGGUGGUGGGAGUGCACGGCAAUUACACGUGGCCGGUCAGAGACAAAGCGGUACACACCCAGGGGGACCUGAUCCUGGGGGCCCUACACAUGGUGCACGAGAGGAGUGACGAUAAGAUCUGUGGCCCUAUCAUGCCCCAGGGUGGUGUCCAGGCCCUGGAGACGAUGCUGUACACCCUGGACGUCAUCAAUGCCGACCAGAAACUCCUCCCGGGAAUCACCCUGGGGGUGCUGGCUAAGGACGACUGUGACCGAGAUAUCUACGGACUGGAGCAGGCCGUGGACUUUAUCAGAGGUUCCAUAGCAAACAUAGGAGGAUCGGAGUACGCAUGUCAUGACGGUUCAGAUCCGGUGAUUCUAGGGGUCAUUGGGGCGCCAUCUAGUGUCACCUCAAUACAAGUAGCCAACCUGUUAAAACUGUUCAAGAUACCACAGGUGAGCUUUUUCUCAACCAGCACGGUACUGAGCAGUAGGGACAGGUACCCGUUCUUCCUGAGGACCAUUCCGUCUGAUGUCCACCAAGCACAGGUGAUGUUGGAGCUAGUGCGCAUGUUCGGAUGGACCUACGUUUCUGUUGUUUACGAGGAAUCCAGUUACGGAAUGCAGGGAUUUAAUGAGCUGGAGAAGCUUUUAAAAGCAAGUGAGAUCUGCAUCGCCGCUACAGAGAAGAUGAUCAAGGACUCCGGUGUAGCGGGCCAAGCGACCUACGACAAAACCGUGGAACGCCUGCUCGCCAAAUCGAAUGCUCGCGGUGUGAUCGUGUUCGGGUCUGACCAAGAGGUGGGGAUGUUAAUGCAGGCAGUCAGACGGAACAACGCCUCCCGCUGGUUCUCUUGGAUAGGGAGCGACGGUUGGGGAGGGAGGAGUUUAGCCGUAGAUGGCAAUGAGAUAGAGGUAGAGGGCUCUGUAACGGUACAACCAUUAGCCUUUGAAGUUAAGGGGUUCAAAGACUAUUUCCUGCGUCUCACUCCUCAGAACAAUAAACGGAAUCCGUGGUUUGUAGAGUUCUGGGAACAGCAAUUCAGGUGUAAAUAUCCUGGAAGUAGCUGGACCCCUUAUAAUGACCAGUUUAAUGUGACAUGUAGCGGAAAGGAACAGCUAUCUCCCAGUGAAUUCGAAAUGGAGGCUCAAUUGCAGUUUGUUAGUGAUGCCACAAUGAGUUUUGCGCAUGCUCUAAAUAACAUACAUACUGACCUCUGUGCUGGAGAGUCCGGUCUGUGUGACGCCAUGAUGCCUAUAGACGGAGAACUGCUCAAAGACUACCUGGUCAAAGUGAACUUUACAGGUUUAUCUGGACAAGACUUCGCCUUUCUUCCCAACGGAGACGCCCCGGCGCGUUAUCGUAUCUUGAAUUACAGGCAAGUUGAAAGAGGUCGCUUUGAAUGGAAGACCAUUGGAUACUUUUUGGAGAAACAUUUAUAUCUUGACAGUCAAUCCUCAAAAAGAAUCUUCAACAAAGAACAGAUAGUUGAUUUAAAGUAUCGGUGGGAGGAGCCGAAACACCCGGAGUCAGUGUGCAGCAGACCGUGUCACAAGGGGGAGGCGCAUCAUAUGAUUGACGGCUCAGCCUGUUGCUGGACCUGUUCCCCUUGCCACAUUUACCAGUAUCUUCCAACUAAGUACGCAUGCGUGGACUGUCCGCUCGGUACAAUUCCUAGCUAUGACAGGCAGAGUUGUGUGGAGAUAGUUGUCGUGUAUCUCAGGUAUACAGAUGCUAUUGCAAUAGUUGCCAUGACAUUCGCUUCACUGGGUAUCAUAGCAACGGGUGUUGUCAUGACAGUCUUUAUCGUUUAUAACAACACCCCGGUUGUCAAGGCGUCCGGGAGGGAACUGAGCUUUGUCCUUCUCUUUGGGAUUUUUCUGUGCUAUGCCAUGACUUUCAUUCUCGUUUCAAAACCGCACGAGACAACAUGUGGCGCCCAAAAAUAUGGAAUAGGAUUGUCAUUUUCUAUUGUGUACUCUGCGAUUCUCACAAAAACCAACAGGAUUGCUCGAAUCUUUAGGGCGGGAAAAAGAACUUCCAAACGCCCGCGAUUCAUCAGUCCCCGCUCCCAGCUUUUUAUAUGCGGGGCUUUCGUGGCUUUUCAGAACGCAGUGGGAGUUGUGUGGCUGUUACUCCGCCCUCCCCGGGCUGUGGCGUACCACGCGAACCGGGACGACCAUCAGCUGGUCUGCAGUGACGCUGUAGGGGCGUGGUACAUGGUGGGUUUCACCUACCCUAUCGUAUUAGUGGUCAUUUGUACGUUCUAUGCCUUUAUAACGAGAAAUAUACCAGAGGCAUUCAAUGAAUCUAAGUAUAUAGGCUUCACAAUGUACACAACAUGCAUCAUAUGGUUGGCUUUUGUGUCCAUUUAUUUCAGUACUGAGCACAACAUUCAAAUAAGAAUCGCAACUAUGUCGUUUUCCAUCAGUUUAAGUGCCACAGUGGGUCUUGUAUGUAUGUUCGCCACGAAGUUAUAUAUCAUCAUUUUCCACCCGGAGAGGAAUGUUCGUCAGAGUCUGUUGGCGGCAAAGCCUGUGAUGCCCUCCCCCAAACUGACCCAGUGCUACUCCAGCAUCCCCUCGUCCUACCUCUCCAACGGGCGACAGGACACUGCCCACUCCACCCAGUCAGACUACGGAGAUCUUGAGAUGGUCCAUCGCCUGCGCCCCUCAGCAUCCUUCAGUAGUUCUAUCAGUAGAUCUACAUGCGCUACCCAGACUCUGACGAACGGGACAAGUACCAGCACACAGACCCUGGACCUCAUCUCAAAGGGGCCCGACGAUGUUCAGUUGUAACUACUCUCCAUAGAUAUACAUGCAAUCUGAAUAAGUUGGAAAAUCCCUGCAUGCUCUGUGGGCAAGAUAUUUUAUUGGUAUCGGUGGUAUUAAUUAAUUCUCUUUAAUAAAAAAGCAGUUGGAAGAGAGAGAGAGAGAGAGAGAGAGAGAGAGAGAGAGAGAGAGAGAGAGAGAGAGAGAGAGAAUAUAUGCGAUAGUACAUGUUUAAUUUUUAUACUUUUGUGUGUACAAUUGUAUAUUAUUAUUAAAAAUUAAACAUUCAUCUUACAUCA